AUGGGCUCGUGCCUGUCGAAGAGCAAGGAGCGGCCGCCUGACGCGUCCAAAGCACCGCCAGCCGGUGCCGACGCAACUCAGACGGCUCCGGCUGCCGUGCACGCGAAGCCGGCAAGUACAGAUGAAGUGAAAGCUGCCGGACCGUCAAGUCCAGGAAAAGACGGCAAUGAGGGUUCACAUGGAGUGGGAGGAGCAGCAGCGGGAGGCGCGGAAGCAGCAGGAACAGCAGGAGGGGCAGCACAGGGGGAAGGAACAGCAGCAGGAUCAGAUGCAAAUGCGAGUAUACCAACAGGAACAUCAGCGGGGAAAGAAGCGGAAAAUAACUCAAGUACUACAACCGCAGUCGACGGAGCCGCGUUACAAUUCGCGAAGUACGACAAGAACGACACGACUAUUCCGUUAGGGUUGCGCACGGACUUCGGAUAUAAACGAGACUUUGAGGCACACUAUAAGCUGGGCAGGGAGCUGGGUCACGGGCAAUUCGGCACGACUUACGAGUCGAUUCAACUAGCCACCGGCGAGCGGGUGGCAGCAAAGGCUAUCGAAAAGAAGCAGAUGAAGCUGCCUAUAGCAGUGGAGGACGUGCGGAGGGAGGUGGCGAUUAUGAAGCUGCUGUCGGGCCAUCCCAACGUGGUGCAGUUCAUAGACGUGUUUGAGGACACCGACUUUGUCUACAUCUGCAUGGAAAUCUGCGAGGGUGGAGAACUCCUCGACAGAAUUCUGAGCAAGCGUGAGAACAGGUAUUCAGAGAAGGAUGCGGCAGGGGUGGUGCGGCAGAUGCUGAGCGUGGUGGCCAAGUGCCACCUGCACGGGGUCGUGCACCGCGACUUGAAGCCUGAGAACUUUCUCUUCAAGUCCAAGGCAGAGGACUCGCUCCUUAAAGCCACCGACUUUGGCCUCUCGGACUUCAGAAAACCUGGCAAGCACUUCACGGACGUGGUUGGCAGUGCCUACUACGUGGCUCCAGAGGUGCUCAAGCGGCGGUCGGGACCAGAGAGUGACGUGUGGAGCAUCGGGGUUAUCACAUAUAUCCUGCUGUCUGGGAGGCGGCCAUUCUGGGAUAGAACGGAGGCAGGGAUCUUCAACGAGGUGCUGAAGAAGCGGCCUGACUUCAGGGAGAAGCCAUGGCCGCACGUGUCAUCCAGCGCCAAGGACUUUGUGAAGAAGCUUCUCAAGAAGGACCCCCGCGCGCGACCCACUGCCGCCCAGGCCUUGUCGCACAAGUGGGUGAAGGAGGGAGGAGAUGCAUCAUCUGUGCCACUGGACAUAGCAGUGCUGUCCAACAUGCGGGAGUUCGUCAAGUACUCACGUCUCAAGCAAAUGGCGCUCAAGGCCCUGGCGACAACACUGGAGGAGAAUGAGGUGCAGGCUUUAAGGGAUCAGUUCAAUGCGAUGGAUAUAAACAAGGAUGGCACCAUCACGAUCGAUGAGAUCAGACAGGCACUAAGUCACGACCUGCCAUUCGAAGUGAAGGAGUCGAGAGUGCUGCAAAUUCUCCAAGCGAUGGACACCAACUGCGACGGCAUUAUUGACUUUGACGAGUUUGUGGCGGCAACGCUGCACGUGCAGCAGCUGGAGGAGGCCGACUCCACCAAGUGGCAGGAGCGCUCUCGGGCCGCCUUUGCACAGUUUGACCGCGACAACGACGGGUACAUUGACGCUGAAGAGCUGCGCAUGGCUGCCCAGGUUAAUUUCCCGCUGGAUAACUUGAUAGCAGAAGCCGACACGGACGGAGACGGUCGAAUCAGCCUUCCUGAGUUCCAGAAGCUUUUGAGAUGCGCGAGCAUUAAUUCCCGCACCAACACGUCUCGCUCCCGGGGUCGAUCCUGGCUCGGCCAAACCAUCGACGAGUAG